CCUGCCUGCCUGCCUGCCGCCCCGAAGCUGAGCCAGAGGCGGGAAUUCUCCUCCUGGCUGACUGGAUGGUUCUCUAAAACCCCAGCCAAGGCCGUGGUGGCCCAGAAAACGCCCAUCAAGGUGGAGCUGGUGGCUGGUACCACGUACAGGUGGUGUGUGUGUGGUCGCAGCAAAAAGCAGCCCUUCUGUGAUGGCUCCCACCUCUUCCAACUCACUGGCUUGUCCCCACUCAAGUUCAAGGUCCAGGACACUCGCACCGUAGCCCUCUGUACCUGCAAGGCCACCAAGCGCCCCCCGUACUGUGAUGGCACCCACAGGAGCGAGCGGAUACAGAAGGCAGAAGUGGGUUCCCCCCUCUGAAGGACUGGGUGCUGCCCAGUCCCUGGGGCCUUGGCUGCCAGCUUCUGAGAGGUACCCCCAUUUGUAAAGAAGAAAACUGAGCUCAGAACCUAAGGGGGAUCACCCAAGGGUCUGGGUACACCUGGACACAGAACCUGGGCUCUCUGGUCUGGGAGCAACCAGAAGCAGGCCCUUGGGCUCAGCACCUGUUGCCGGUGACGAUGGCAUUAAAAAAACAUGCCCACCCAA